AUGUCCAUCUCAGAGCGUUCCGGAGAAACCGAGCAGUCCUUCACCCAAGACUCCAACCCUACCGUCGGGCUUAUGUCUCUGCCUCCAGAGCUGCAGAUCGCGGUCUUUCAAAGCCUCGACUCUCUUGAGGAUAUUGCUUGUCUGAGUGGUACUUGCAAGCAGCUGCAUGGGGUUCUCAAUGCCCAUAUUCCGUUGAUCUGUGAAACCGUUGCGGCUCGAACACUUCCCUGCUACAAUGAGAUGCGUGCCGUCGUAGCUGAACAGGGCUUACUUGCCACUGAUCACCCAAUCACUGAAAUGAGUCUGAUCGCUCACUUUGCUUCGAUGUCCCACAACAUGGAUAAGCUGAUCACCUACUACCACACUUUCUGGGUCAAUAACAGCCACAACGACCCCCGAAUUUCCCAGCAGCUGUCCCCGACUGAACAAACCCGCUUCAUCAAGGCGCACUACCAGCUCUGGGCCAUGAUGCUGGUCAGCCAGGACCAGCGCGCCCAGAAAAUCUCCGAGUUGGAUCUAGAGCAAUCGAUCCUGCUCUCGGAUUUUCUCUGCAUCUUCAGCCCUGAGAUCAUUAAUGAUGCGGCGGUCCAGAAGUUGGUGCGGCAGGUCCCUCGCUUUGGCAGGGUACUUCAGCGUGCCAUCCGGGGCCAUCGCAAUCGGCAGUUCGCCCUCCAGCUCGGUGUUGAAUAUCACCCCAUCAGUUGGACGCCCUACCAGCCGCCUUAUCGGUUCGCGUGGUGGUGUGACAAGCAACAAGACCUGUUGCACCGAAUGCUUUCGGGAGCCUUGUUUGAGCAAGGAGGAUCGGCGCACCAUCCCAUCGAAAUCAUCGAUGACCUUGAAGAUGCCCAGGAAUGGUGA